CUUUUAACGAAAUACUGCUUACAACUAAGUAAUUUUCCCGUCCCGAUGACUUCAUCAUAACGAGGUUUGCUGUAAUGUGUGCAAAAUAUAAAAUAGUGUGGCCCGUGUGCGUGCGUGCAGGUGUCUCGUUGAGACUCAGCGUCAAGGCCGAGGAAGUGGCCGGCUUCUACGCAUGCAUGCUUGAACGUGACUACACGUCCCACAAGGCGUUCAACGAGAAUUUCUUCCGCGACUGGCGGAAGUGCAUGAAUCGCAAGGAAGCGACGCUCAUCACCGACCUGAGGAAGUGCGACUUCGGGGAGCUCAGCGCACACUACAGGCGAAAGGCGGAAGAUCGAAAGGCUGCAACGAAGCAGCAAAAACAGGCCAGUGUGCGCACGCUACACGCAAUCCUCCGCGAGUACGGCUACUGCAUCGUUGACGGCCACAGGCAGAAGAUCGCCAACUUCAAGAUAGAACCACCCGGAUUGUUUUGCGGUCGUGGACAACAUCCCAAGAUGGGCAUGGUGAAACGCCGUGUUCUGCCUGAAGACGUCAUAAUCAACAUUGGAAAGGAAGCGCCGGUGCCGAAGCCACCGCGGGGACACAGCUGGAAAGAAGUGCGCCACGACCGCAGCGUCUCCUGGUUGGCCUCGUGGAACGUCCUGGGCCGCACCAAGUACGUCACGCUCAACGCCAGCGCCAAACUGCGGGCGGAGAUGGACGUGCGCAAGUACGAGCUCGCCCGCAAGCUCAAGUCCCACGUGCCACGCAUACGGCGCAGCUACGCCAACGGGUGGGAGUCGCGAGACGUUAGCGUCCGUCAGCGGUCCGUGGCGCUCUACUUCAUUGACAAGCUUGCGUUGAGAGCCGGGAACGAGCAGGAAGAGGGCGCCACUGCCAACACCGUCGGCUGCUGCUCUCUGCGAGUGGAGCACAUCACACUACGCGAACUCGAGACAGACAGCAAGGACGGCCAGUUCAUGGUGGAGUUCGAUUUUCCCGGAAAGGACUCCAUCCGAUACGCGAACACAGUUCGGGUGGACGAGCGCGUCUUCCGGAACUUGGAGCUUUUCAUGGAACACAAAGGGCCCAAGGACGACCUCUUCGAUUUGCUCACUACUGCUACCCUGAACAGACAUCUCAACAAACUCAUGGAAGGGCUAACUGCAAAGGUCUUUCGUACUUACAACGCUUCGAUGACCUUCCAAAAACAACUGGAUAUCCUGACUGAAGCCGGUAUGUCGCUACCUGAGAAGCUGCUGGCCUACAACCGAGCCAACAGAGCAGUCGCCAUUCUGUGCAACCACCGACGAGCUGUUCCUAAAAAUUUCGACAAGCAAAUGGAGAGAAUCCGAACAAUGAUAGAGAAGAAAGAAGAGCAGAUUCGAAAGUGCGAACUGGAAAUCGAACAGCUGGAAGCUGACUGCAGCAAAUCCAAGUCGCAAAAUGAAAAAUUGCGGUUGAAUCGCAAAGGGAAUCGGUUGCAGAAGCUCGAAGUGCAGCUGGACAAGUUGGAGCUGCAAGCCUUGGACAAGGAGGAGAACAAGGACGUUGCCCUCGUCACCUCUAAGCUCAAUUACAUCGACCCGAGAAUCAGCGUUGCAUGGUGCAAGACAUGGGAUGUCCCCAUCGAGAAAGUCUACAACAAGACGCAGCGAGAAAAGUUUUACUGGGCAAUAGAGACAGCUGACCCCAAUUUCGAGUUUUAGGGCCAAGGUCCACUUUCUUGCUUGUCAUAGCAAGAGAGUGUCGGAGCAGUGCUGGCAGCUUCAACUUCUGGCUGUUAGCCCACAACACAACUUCCAGAAGCUUAACUUCAGCAGCCACUAAUCGCUUCUUGGAAGGCAAAUCACAUCCAUAAUUUUUUACUGGCGUCUUGUUUCCGUAAGGAAGACAAGACCCCCCUCCUCGUAUUUCUGUGGUGCGUGAACAAGGGGUCAACAACCCAUAUGGGCUCAAGCAAUGUCAUUUUCACUCCAAGACAGAACCAGUGAUUUUGCAUAUUGAAUCUAAUCUUAUCGCGAACUCUCGCCUGACAAGCUUUGUCGAACCUUCCAAGCAGUACAGAUAUGCCUGUGAUUUCACUGCACAUGCUAAAUGCGAACCCUUCAUAACUGCCUUCACUCUUCCCUCCAGAUGUUAUUUAACCAGCCGAGAAGGAAACUGUGCAUCAACAAAUGUCCCAGUUCCGCCCUUCCAUUUUCAUAAAAUUAAAACAGCAUGCUUUCAUUUAUUCACAACUUACUGUCGCACUUGCACAAAAGGCAGUCGUGACAUAUGCACCAUGGGAAAUUGUUGACAGCGCUAGUGCAACUCAACCACCAAUAAAUGGCAUCUUGUUUGCACUUCGUUACACAUGCGUGUCACAACCUUAAUGAAAUGCCAAUAUAUCUGUCCUUUUCUGCAAAUGAAACUCUUAUGCAUCAUUAGCGUAGUAUCUUGGAAGUGAUGAGGUCUGGAAUGGUACGGUGCACUUCACUCGGCCUAGUGUUAUCACUACCGCCAGUAUAUAUUAUGUCUAUUACAGCAAGAAGGCCUUUCCUGGCGAACUCCAAUUAUUACUCCUGUCUUGCACCCGCUGACGCCAUCCCAUGCCUGCAAAUUCUCUACCAUCCUCAAUUGCAAUUCCCUUCCCUUAGAACCCAUUCUCUAACCCUAAUAGAACACCGGUCAUCUGCUUUGUGCAUUACACGGCUGUUAUUACAAUAGUACAUGUCCUUGGUUGCAAGGCCUCGAAGCUCUGGAGAGAACGUGCAAAAGUUUGCCAACCACAGUGUCAUAAGUGCCUAAAUCUCUGUGGCGACUAUGUGGAAGAGUUCAAAGGGUAUAUCUAGCUAGACCUUGCAUUAUAUCA